AUGCUUUGCUAUCGUUUGUCUGAAGUUCUUCCUGUUUUGAUUCAUGAUAAUCAAGGGGCUUUUAUAAAGAAUCGCCUCUUGGCUCAUAAUAUCCUCAUAUUUCAAGACCUUCUCAAGGGCUACACGAGGAAGAAUAUCUCAGCUCGAUGUAUCAUGAAGAUUGACCUCAGUAAAGCGUACGAUACAGUAGAUUGGCAGUUUGUGGCUGACUUGCUCAAGGGUCUUUGUUUCCCCUCUAGGUUCAUUCAUUGGGUGCUGGUUUGCUUAAAGGGGACUUCUUAUUCGUUGAUGCUCAAUGGUCGGCUUCAUGGCUCUUUUCGAGGGGAAAAGGAUGAUCUUGUUAUCUUUUGCAAGGGAAAUGUGAACUCUCUGAGACUUACGCAGUCUGCUAUUGCUAGUUUUUGUGCAACUACAGGUCUCUCAAUCAAUAAUACCAAAUCUCACAUAUACUUUGGAGGUGUCAAUGCCGACUGUAAAGCCCAGUUAUUGGAGAUCUCUCAAAUGCAAGAAGGCUCAUUUCCACUUAAGUAUCUUGGAAUUCAUCUAAGACCUACUAAAUGGAGAGCAGCUGACUGUGGGGAAAUUAUUGGAAAAAUUCAACGGAAUCUUCAUUCUUGGACUAGUAGGAACCUUUCCUUUGCGGGCCGAGCUCAACUUAUACAUUAUGUCCUUCUUGAAAUAAGAAAUUAUUGGAUGAAUAUCUUUAUUCUUCCUCAGAAAGUAGUGGCUGCCAUUGAUAAAUGUUGCAGAGACUUCCUGUGGGGGACAAAAGGGAAUCGCAGCAAGCUUCACCUUACAUCUUGGGAGCAAGUCUGUCUUCCCAAAAAGUAUGGAGGAGUUGGUUUCUGUGAGGGCAGGAAAUGGAAUAUUGCUAUGAUGGCUAAGUACAUUUGGGCAAUUUCUAGUAAGAAAGAUUGUCUUUGGGUCAAAUGGAUAGAUGCUAUCUAUCUUAAAGGACAUAGCUUCUGGUCUGUGCCGUUAAUUCAUGAUACUAGCUGGUAUUUUCGAAAAUUACUGAAGUUAAGGAAUGUUGUUGAUUAUUGUGCUGUUAACUCUUCGGUAUUAAGAGGCAAGUUUAAAGCUAAAUUCCUUUAUCUGUCUCGUACAGCAGCUUCAGAGGUUCAGUAUGCCUCUGCUGUUUGGCAUCAUCUUUGUGUCCCGAAACAUAGAUUCAUUUCUUGGCAAAUGAUAAAUGAUCAUCUUCUUACUCGUGAUAAUCUAGGAAAAAUCAUGGAGCUUCCUUCGUAUCUUUGCCCGGUUUGUGAGUGUUUCAACGAAUCCCACCAGCACCUUUUCUUUGACUGCUCUUUCACUAAGAACCUUCAGCAAGCAGUCAGUUCUUGGUCCGGUUUACAGGGCUGGCCUCUUACCAUGGUAGCCUGGAAGAGUUGGUGCUCUAAUGUUGGUUCUGAUCUGAAGAAGCUGGUUUGGAAUGCUAUUAUUUCAGCAGUGAUCUACUCGGUCUGGUGCAACAGGAAUAGAUGUCUGUUUGAUCUGUGUUGUAGCUCAGUUUUGGUAGUUAGCUCCUCUAUUAAAGCUACUAUCAAAGCUAGAGUUAAGACUAUUACUUGUACCAAGGCUAAGAAAAAAGACAGAGAUGUUAUUAGCCUUAUAAAUUCUCUGUAA